AAUGAUUGAUUGCUAGCUAACACACAGUGUCGCCAACAAGACUCCCGCCUGCUGUACUAAUAACCAGUAAACAGUGUCCUUCUCCGACAGCGCAAUUUUUUCGCCCUGUUCGGUUAUCGAAGGCAGGUGCUUGAAGUAUGUUUUUUAAGAUUUCGCGCACAAGAGCAAUAUAUGCACCAGUAAUGUUCAAUUGGUUUGAGUAGCUAAUCCUAGCCUCUGACUCAUAAGUACCCGGGACCAUUUCACUUUCACGCAAGCCUACAUCUGAAAGAGACAUGAUGAGAGACAUUGCAUGCGAUUAAGAGGAUCUGCUUGAAUAAAGGAACUGUACUAUCUGAGAAUGCAGAGGAUGAGAGAGAAGACUGACAAGAUGGAGGAGAACAAAGCCACGAGGAAGCUGCGGGUGUGUGUGGCGACGUGUAACCGGGCGGACUACUCCAAGCUGGCGCCCAUCAUGUUUGGCAUCAAGGCCAACCCGGAUGAGUUUGAGCUGGAGGUGGUGGUGCUGGGAUCCCAUCUCAUUGAUGAUUAUGGCAACACGUUCCGGAUGAUCGAGCAGGAUGACUUUGACAUCGGCUCCAAGCUGCACACCAUCGUGCGUGGGGAGGACGAGGCAGCCAUGGUGGAGUCAGUGGGUCUGGCGCUGGUCAAGCUGCCAGAUGUCCUCCACCGCCUCCGCCCCGACGUUCUGGUCGUCCACGGAGACCGCUUCGAUGCACUCGCCCUGGCAACGGCUGCCGCCCUGAUGAACAUUCGCAUCCUGCACCUGGAGGGGGGAGAGGUGAGUGGCACCAUCGACGACUCCAUCCGCCACGCCAUCUCCAAGCUGGCCCACUACCACGCCUGCUGCACCCGCACCGCCGAACAGCACCUCAUCGCCAUGUGUGAGGACCACACUCGCAUCCUGUUGGCCGGCUGCCCCUCCUACGACAAGCUGCUGGCCGCCCAUCACCGUGACGACUACAUGGACAUCAUCAGGAACUGGCUCGGAGACAAUGUGAAGGAGCACGACUACAUCGUGGCCCUGCAGCACCCGGUCACCACCGACAUCAAGAACUCCAUCAAGAUCUACGAGCUGAUGUUGGACGCCCUCAUCUCCUUCAACAAGAAAACACUCGUCCUCUUCCCCAACAUAGACGCAGGAAGUAAGGAGAUGGUGCGCGUGAUGAGGAAGAAGGGCGUGGAGCAGCACCCUAACUUCCGAGCGGUGAAGCACGUGCCGUUCGAGCAGUUCAUCCAGCUGGUGUGUCACGCUGGGGCCAUGAUCGGCAACAGCAGCUGUGGCGUCCGAGAGGCCGGGGCCUUCGGGACCCCCGUCAUCAACCUGGGGUCCAGGCAGACUGGGAGAGAGACUGGUGAAAACGUCCUCCAUGUCCGUGACGCAGACACUCAGAAUAAGAUCUACCAUGCCCUGGAGCUGCAGUUUGGGAAGAGAUACCCCUGCUCGAAGAUCUACGGCGACGGGAACGCUGUGCCUCGCAUCCUGAAGUUCCUGCAGACCAUCGACCUUGAUGAGCCGCUGCAGAAGACCUUCUGCUUCCCCCCCGUCAAGGAGUGGGACAUCUCCCAGGACAUCGACCACAUCCUGGAGACUCAGAGCGCCCUAGCCGUCGACCUGGGGGGGACCAACCUCCGCGUGGCCAUCGUCAGCAUGAGGGGUAAGAUAGUGAAGAAGUACACCCAGGCGAACCCCAAAACCUACGAGACUAGGAUGGAGCUGAUACUGAAGAUGUGUACGGAGGCAGUCAUUGACGCUGUCCAUCUCAACUGCCGGAUUCUGGGAGUGGGUGUGUCGACAGGAGGCAGAGUGAACCCCCAGGAGGGUGUGAUCCUCCACUCCACCAAGCUGAUCCAGGAGUGGAGCUCCAUCGACAUCCGCACCCCCAUCUCUGACGCCCUCCACCUGCCCGUCUGGGUCGAUAACGACGGCAACUGUGCCGCCCUGGCAGAGAAGAAGUUUGGCCACGGUAAAGGAGUGGAGAACUUUGUCACCGUCAUCACUGGAACAGGCAUCGGCGGGGGCAUCAUCCAGCACAACGAGCUGAUCCACGGCAGUACGUUCUGCGCGGCUGAGCUGGGCCACAUUAUGGUGUCUCUGGACGGGCCGGAGUGCAUGUGUGGCAGCCGUGGCUGCAUCGAGGCCUACGCAUCAGGCAUGGCCCUGCAGAAAGAAGCCAAGAGGCUCCAUGACGAGGAACUGCUGGAGGUGGAAGGGAUGCUGGAUCUGAAGAAGGCGGAGUCCGUCAGCGCCAUCCACCUCAUCAACGCAGCCCGCCUGGGCAACCACAAGGCUGAAGCCGUCCUCAGAACAGCUGGCAUGGCCCUUGGAGUGGGCAUCAUCAACAUCCUCCACAUGGUCAACCCCUCCCUGGUCAUCCUGUCGGGGGUGCUGGCCGCCCACUACCAGGCUCCUGUCCAGCAGGUCAUAGGUCAGAGAGCCCUCACCUCCGCCCAGAGCAUCCAGGUCCUGACAUCCGACCUCGAAGAGCCCGCCCUGCUGGGGGCCGCUAGCAUGGUGCUGGACUACACAACCAGGCGCAUCUAUUAACAAUAUUACGGUGCUGGACUACACAACCAGGCACAUCUAUUAACAACAUUACGGUGCUGGACUACACAACCAGGCACAUCUAUUAACAAUAUUACGGUGCUGGACUACACAACCAGGCACAUCUAUUAACAACAUUACGGUGCUGGACUACACAACCAGGCACAUCUAUUAACAAUAUUACGGUGCUGGACUACACAACCAGGCACAUCUAUUAACAACAUUACGGUGCUGGACUACACAACCAGGCACAUCUAUUAACAACAUUACGGUGCUGGACUACACAACCAGGCACAUCUAUUAAGAACGUUGGUCAGUUGCCAAGUUCUAGUUUUCAUUUCAUUGGUCCCCAAAGGAGGGCCAUAUCUUGCAGUUCCCUGGUGUAGAAAGAUGAACUUGCUAUUAGCAAAUAGAAAUGGCUAAGAUAGAAGGUAGGAUCUACAGAUAGAGCCGCCCAAUAGGACCGACAUCUAUACUACUGUCCCAGAUGGGACAAUCUGACAUGCUCUUCAAGCUAUCGCACCUUCUAUUGGACGAACCAUUGGCGAUAAUUUAUUUCAGUCAGACAAUGACAAGUUAUGUGUAUUUUCCAAAGAUUUCUUCAGUGAUACUGUCAACAUAUCAUUUCUACAGCGGAUGAAAUGCCUAAUACAGUACUUAAAUGGUAGUACUAUAAAUGACAGUGCUGAAAUAGUAGUACUGUUAACUACAGUACUGAAAUAGUGUGUGUCUGAAUACAUAUAACAGCCGAUACAGUCAUGAGUACAGCCACCAUACCAGUGAAGGGCUGGGUGUGUCCAGACAAAAGAUGUGACCAAAUGAUCAUUCGCAUUCAAUUAUGCUUGUACUACAUGGCCAUAUAUUGACCCUCGUAAUUCCAUGUUUUUUUUGUUACUUCUUAAUUCUAAACGUACAAGAUGUUUUAUUUUUUAUUUUAAGCCACGCUAUGAAGCAUUAACAAUAUAUGUAUUUUAUCUUACCGAGCUGUAAGAUGUUAUUUUGAACCAGUUCUGCAACCCUGCAUGACUAACCCAAGGCCUUCCCUCUCUAGGACCACCGUGACGACCUACCCUCAAAUGUAGUGCCAAGGCCAUGUACGGCAUAGUUGUCUUGACUGUGCUGCCAGAUCGUGUCUUCGUUAUCAUUCUUUUGUUUUAUGCACACCUUUUUUUUUAUGCCUCGUCAUAUUUCAAGAGAUUACGGUAUGCAAAUCAACCAUGUGAUAAUCCCGUUUAGUGUAUUCCUGUUUUUGAUCAUGUCACGGAUAAAGUUUAUUUGAUUGUA